CGUCAGUAACAGCUGUCCUGGAGGUUGCGCUGGCCCCGGGUAAGACAGACUGGAGACUUUAGCUGGAAAGAAGACCAAAGAAAGAGCGUUUUGUGGAAAUAUUUACCUCACUGUGAAAGGAGCUUGGUGUAGAGAUUCCCCGGUGAGGUGGUAUCCCUUCGCGAUGCCAAGAUGGCAAGCCUGCUCCCUCCCACAGGCACCGACGUGUUCCGCCGCUUCACCCCGGAGUCACUGGCAGAGAUCGAAAGGCUCAUCCAGGAGAAGUUAAACAAGGAGGAAGCAGAGGGGGCUGUGGAGGAACCACAGGCACCGAGCAGUGACCUGGAGGCUGGGAAGAACCUGCCCAUGAUCUAUGGUGACCCACCAGGGGAUCUCCUCAACACCCCUCUAGAGGACAUAGACCCUUUCUACAAAGCACAGAAAACAUUUAUUGUGAUAACCAAGGGAAACACAAUCUACAGGUUCACUGCCGAACCAGCAUUGUUUUUUAUCAGUCCUUUUAGUAUCGUCAGGAGAGGAGCCAUCAAAAUUCUUAUACAUUCAUGUUUUAGUAUGUUCAUCAUGAUUACCAUUCUCUCCAACUGCGUGUUCAUGACGAUGAGUAAUCCUCCGGCUUGGAGUAAAACUGUUGAAUAUGUUUUUACUGGUAUAUAUACCUUUGAGGCAACAAUCAAAGUUUUGUCUCGAGGCUUCUGCAUUGGACCUUUUACAUUCCUUCGUGACCCAUGGAACUGGCUUGAUUUCAUGGUGAUCAGCAUGGCGUACAUCACAGAGUUUGUAGACCUUGGUAAUGUGUCAGCACUGAGGACAUUUCGUGUGCUCCGAGCUCUCAAAACAAUCACUGUUAUUCCUGGUUUAAAAACCAUCGUUGGGGCUCUGAUCCAGUCUGUCAAAAAGAUGGUGGACGUGAUGAUUCUGACCGUCUUUGCUCUGGCUGUUUUUGCCCUCAUUGGCCUGCAGUUAUUCAUGGGAAAUCUACGUCAUAAAUGCAUCCGUUGGCCGAUCCCCAACAGCACCAUCUUUGAUGACGGCAAAUCCACAAUGGUCAAUGACACCACCCUCAACGUCACAGAUACUUUCGAUUUCAAAGCUUACAUAGACAAUGAAGAAAACCAGUACUUUCUGGAUGGAAGUUUAGAUGCUUUAUUAUGUGGUAACAGCUCUGAUUCUGGGAAGUGCCCUGAAGGAUACACAUGUAUGAAGGCUGGACGGAACCCAAACUAUGGCUACACCAGCUAUGACAACUUUGGCUGGGCCUUUCUUUCCCUCUUCAGACUUAUGACUCAGGACUAUUGGGAGAAUCUCUUCCAGUUGACACUUCGUGCUGCUGGGAAGACCUACAUGAUCUUCUUUGUGGUGGUCAUUUUCCUGGGAUCAUUCUACCUUAUUAAUCUGAUUUUGGCCGUGGUUUCCAUGGCAUAUGACGAGCAGAACGAGGCCACCUUGGCUGAGGCCCGUGAGAAAGAAGAGGAGUUUCAGAGAUUGCUCGAACAGCUUAGGAACAAAGAGCAAGAGGCAGGCAGUAAAGCAUCUUUGGCCAGCCAAACAACGCAAAAUCGAGGAUCAGACAGGACAGGUUCACUGCACAGUCUUGGAGGUGAUGACGUUAUACAGGACUGUAACAGCAGAUCAGUGCCUCACCUCAUUGUCUACAGAGUCCCCUCCUUUGAUAGAGGGUUAUCAGCUGAAGAGGACCACAAGUCUUUGAGCUCCAAACACAGUAUGCAGUACCUGGACCAGCCCAAAUUCUCCAAAAAAGCAGCCAGUGCUAUCAGUGUGCUCACUGCAAUUAUGGAAGAGUUGGAAGAUGCCCAGAAGCCUUGUCCGCCAGGCUGGUAUAAGUUUGUGGACAUUUUUCUUAAAUGGGACUGCUGCGCUCCCUGGCUCCUCUUUAAGAAGUGGGUUCUUUUUGUAGUGAAGGACCCAUUUGUUGAUCUAUGUAUCACCAUCUGCAUUGUGCUCAACACACUGUUCAUGGCCAUGGAGCACUACCCCAUGAGUCCGGAUUUCGAACAUGUUCUGUCAGUGGGCAACUUGGUAUUUACAGGAAUCUUCACGGCUGAAAUGGUGUUCAAGCUUAUUGCUAUGGACCCAUACUACUAUUUCCAGGUGGGCUGGAACAUAUUUGACAGCAUCAUUGUCAGUCUCAGUCUGGUAGAGUUGGGACUGGCCAAUGUCCAGGGCUUGUCUGUUCUCAGGUCCUUCCGUUUGCUGCGAGUCUUCAAACUGGCUAAAUCUUGGCCCACCCUGAGCAUGCUGAUCAAGAUCAUUGGAAACUCAGUGGGUGCUCUAGGGAACCUGACACUUGUCCUGGCCAUCAUCGUCUUCAUUUUCGCCGUUGUGGGCAUGCAGCUCUUUGGCAAGAGCUACAAGGACUGCGUGUGUAAGAUCUCUGAAGACUGUAAGCUGCCUCGCUGGCACAUGAACGACUUCUUCCACUCCUUCCUCAUUGUCUUUCGUAUCCUGUGUGGAGAAUGGAUCGAGACCAUGUGGGAUUGCAUGGAGGUGGCGGGAGCUGGCAUGUGUUUGGUGGUCUUCAUGAUGGUCAUGGUCAUUGGUAACUUGGUGGUGCUGAAUCUGUUCCUGGCCCUGCUGCUCAGCUCCUUCAGUGGGGAUAACCUGUCUGGAGGUGAUGACGAUGGUGAGAUGAACAACCUGCAGAUUGCCAUUGGCCGCAUCACCAGGGGUAUAGAUUGGCUCAAAGCCUUUGUUGCCAGUUUGGUGCAACAGAUUCUUGGAAAGAAACCUCCUGAAGACAAUGAGGGAGUAGGGGAAGGGGACAUAGGACUGUACUCCUUAAACCACCUGGAUGGGGGGAAAAUAGCUGAUGGCUUGACCAACUGUUUAAUGCCUCCAACCAUGAAUGUACCUAUUGCUCGUUGUGAGUCUGAUAUUGAAGAUGAGGGCUUAGAUGAAUCUUCUGAUGAAGAGGAGAAAGAGGAUGCUCUUAAUAAUGACGACUCCUCACUUUGUAGCACAGUGGACUACAUGCCUCCAGAACCUGAGCCUGAGCCAGAGGAAGAAGAGGAACCAGAACCUGAAGAGCCAGAGUCCUGUUUUACAGAAGGUUGUGUUAGGCGAUGUCCACGUUUGAAUGUAGACAUCACAAAAGAAUGGGGAAAAAGGUGGUGGAACCUUCGAAGGACGUGCUUCACCAUCGUUGAGCAUGACUACUUUGAGACCUUCAUCAUCUUUAUGAUCCUCCUUAGCAGUGGAGCACUGGCUUUUGAGGAUAUCAACAUAGAGCGCCGUAGAGUGAUCAAGAUCAUCCUUGAAUAUGCUGAUAAAGUCUUCACAUACAUUUUCAUAGUGGAGAUGUUGUUGAAGUGGGUGGCAUAUGGUUUCAAGACCUAUUUUACCAAUGCGUGGUGCUGGCUAGACUUCCUAAUUGUGGAUGUGUCACUUGUCAGUUUAACAGCCAAUUUGUUGGGCUAUUCUGAGCUGGGAGCAAUCAAAUCUCUCAGAACGCUCAGGGCUCUUCGACCCCUUCGAGCCCUGGCAAGAUUUGAGGGAAUGAGGGUGGUGGUGAAUGCUCUGGUUGGUGCCAUCCCCUCUAUUUUUAAUGUGCUUUUGGUGUGUCUGAUAUUCUGGCUCAUCUUCAGCAUCAUGGGAGUUAAUCUGUUUGCUGGAAAGUUCUACCACUGCAUCAACACCACCACGGAGGAACGCUUCCCCAUGGAUGUGGUCAACAACAAGAGUGACUGCAUGGCACUGAUGCACACCAAUGAGGCGCGCUGGGUCAAUGUAAAGGUCAACUAUGACAACGUGGGACUCGGCUACGUCUCCCUACUGCAAAUUGCCACAUUUAAAGGCUGGAUGGAUAUCAUGUAUGCUGCAGUGGAUUCUAGAGAGGUGGAUGAGCAGCCAUCGUAUGAGAUCAACCUCUACAUGUAUCUGUAUUUUGUUAUUUUUAUCAUUUUUGGCUCCUUUUUCACGCUCAACCUCUUCAUUGGUGUCAUCAUUGACAACUUCAAUCAGCAAAAGUCCAAGUUUGGAGGGAAAGACAUCUUCAUGACAGAGGAGCAGAAGAAGUAUUACAAUGCCAUGAAGAAGCUGGGUUCCAAAAAACCUGCUAAACCUAUACCCCGGCCAUCAAAUAUGAUCCAGGGUGCAGUGUUUGACUUCAUAUCACAACAAUUCUUUGACAUCUUUAUCAUGGUGCUUAUCUGCCUCAAUAUGGUGACCAUGAUGGUAGAAACAGAUGACAAGAGUGCUGAGAAAGAGAAUAUCCUCUACCAGAUCAAUUUGGUCUUCAUUGUCAUCUUCACAGGGGAAUGCAUACUUAAGAUGUUUGCACUUAGACAUUACUUUUUCACUAAUGGCUGGAACGUCUUUGAUUUUGUUGUGGUCAUCCUUUCUGUAGCAGGUCUAAUGUUAUCAGACAUCAUUGAGAAGUACUUUGUGUCUCCAACCUUGUUCCGUGUCAUCCGACUUGCUAGAAUUGGCCGCGUGCUGCGUCUCAUCAAAGGGGCAAAAGGCAUUAGGACGCUUUUGUUUGCCUUGAUGAUGUCACUUCCUGCCCUCUUCAACAUAGGACUGCUUCUAUUCCUCAUUAUGUUCAUCUUCUCCAUCUUUGGCAUGUCCAACUUUGCCUAUGUGAAAAAGCAGGCCGGCAUCGAUGACAUCUUCAACUUUGAAACAUUUGGUGGCAGUAUCAUCUGCCUGUUUGAGAUCACCACUUCAGCUGGCUGGGACGGGCUUCUGCUGCCUAUUCUGAAUAGUGGUCCUCCAGAUUGUGACCCUGACAUCGAGAACCCUGGUACAGACAUUAAGGGUAACUGUGGGAAUCCUGGCAUGGGCAUCAUGUUUUUCUGCAGUUACAUCAUCAUGUCCUUCCUGGUGGUCGUGAACAUGUACAUUGCCAUCAUUCUAGAGAACUUUAACGUUGCUCAAGAGGAGAGUGGAGACCCACUUUGUGAGGACGACUUCGACAUGUUCAACGAGACAUGGGAAAAGUAUGACGUCAAUGCAACGCAGUUCAUUGAAUACAGACGCUUAUUUGAUUUUGUUGAUGCCUUGCAGGAGCCGCUACGAAUUGCCAAACCCAACCGCCUCAGACUGAUUGCCAUGGAUCUGCCAAUUGUCACAGGUGACAAAAUCCACUGUCUGGAUAUUCUUUUGGCAGUUACUCGAGAGGUUCUGGGUGACACCAUUGAGAUGGCUGCCAUGAAGGAGAGCAUUGAAGCAAAGUUCAUGAUGAUUAACCCCACAUCUGCCUCUUUUGAGCCAAUUACCACCACUCUCAAGAGGAAGGAGGAAGAGCGUGCAGCCAUUAUAAUUCAACGAACAUACCGUAGACAUCUACUCCAAAGUGCUAUCCACCAUGCCUGCUUCAUGCGUCAAUCAAAGAGGAAAGUUAGGAGUCAGGAGGAUGAAGAAGCUCCUAAAUCCAAGGGGUUGAUUGCGAGGAAAAUGGAUGCCCUUUAUGGCAGCAAUCCAGAACUUGCCAUGACUCUUGAGGUGCAGACUAGGCCCAUGCCACCUAAUUUACAGCCACCCAAACCCACCUCAGUCACACAGCAUAGGGCAUCAGUUACCUACCCUCGACCACAGGGACAACUUUUAGUCCCAGUGGAGCUCACAAGAGAGGUGAUACUCCAAUCUGCACCCACAACAAUGCAUGACCUCUCCAGGACAGAGAAAACAGCACCUCUGGAGUCAAUAGUAUAACUGGUGUAAAACGUCUGUGGACAGUGGACUAAGGAAAUCCUUCGAACAAGGAAAUGGGGUGUUAAAUGGUGUAUCACCUGUACACACUGAACAUCACUGAUACUCCAUAAAACAUGAGCCAUGGCUGAAAGGAUUACUCAUAAUCAUAAGACAACUAAGGUGUGACAGGAUUUCAAUGCUAUUUCUUGGGAGUACUGUUUUUUAUUUAAACUUUUUUAAAGACCUAUUUUAGUCUGGAUUUGUCUUCUUAUAUGUUCCCAAUUAGAAAUGUCCUAGGAGAUUCCACAUUUCUUUUGAUGAAUUCUUUUGCCUUUAUGUGACGUAUCCACUACAGUAAAUUAAAACAAGGCAGUGAGGGAUAGACAUACAGUCUAUUCAAUAGGUUGUAAUGUCCAGACUGAUCACACAUCGAUGAAUUCGGCAACAAGAGGUCGAAAGUACUGCUGCUGAAACUGGUCUGUGCAUACCGAAAUUCGAAGCCACUGCCCCCAGUGGCAGAAGCUGGAAGUGUUGGUGAAAUGUCUACAGAGUGGUGCUAAAAGUGAGUUUUGUUGUGAGUUGAGUUUUGGUUUUGUAUUUUUAGUAAAUUAUGUAAUAGAGUCAAAAGGAAUGCAUAUUUUAUUAACCCUACCCCCUAACCUAAACCCCAACCCUAAACAUAACCGCCAGUGAAGUACAAAUGCAAUUUUAGAGCAAAAAUGCAACCUCCGAAUCAUGCUCACCAUUGUCUGUGAACAUGAUGGUGUCCACAGGAUCAGAAUCCACGUCUGGAAGGUUGCUCGAGCAACACGCUAUCAGUUACACUAGAGGAAAAGGUGAACACUAAUCCAACAAGGUCUGAUGGGAGAUGGCACUUGUCAGCAUUUUGGCAGAAUGGGGUUGAUUUCAGGGUACAAGAACAUUCGAAAGCAGCAUGUCGAUUUCCUGUGUGAUUGUGUUGUACUGUCUUUUUUUUUUAUUUGUCUUUUUUUUUUUUUUCUUUAUUCCCUAAUUUUGGAAUGCCCAGUUCCCACUACUUACUAGGUCCUCGUGGUGGCACGGUUACUCACCUCAAUCCGGGUGGAGGACAAGUCUCAGCUGCCUCUUUUUCUGAGACAGUCAAUCCGUGCAUCUUAUCACGUGGAUUGAUGUGCAUGGCGUGGAGGCUCAUGCUACUCUCCGCGAUCCACGCACAACUUUCCACGUGCCCCAUUGAGAGCGAGAACCACUUAAUCGUGACCACAAGGAGGUUACCCCAUGUGACUCUACCCUACCUAGCAACCGGGCCAAUUUGGUUGCUAAGGAGACCUGGCUGGAAUCACGCAGCACACCCAGGAUUCGAACUCGCGACUCCAGUGGUGGUGGUCAGUGUCAGUACUUGCUGAGCUACCCAGGCCCCAAUGUGCUGUACUGUCUUAAGACUACAUGUUUUUGUCCAUUGGAAAUUUUCUAGAAAGAUGUAUUUCCUAUCCCCCAACGCAUGUGACUACCGAACACAGCCUUGAUUUUAUUUGCGUAAAAUAAACAUAGCACCUUCUCUGACUUGGGUACAUACCUCAUAAUUUUAUAUAGAUAUGUGGUAAUUAUAUAUUUCUUUAAUAAAUUAAAAUAAAACCAGAUAUAUUAUAACAUAUGAAAUAUUAAACUUAUAUAAUGCUGCAUAGACAUCAAGAACAAGAACUGCUGGUACCGAUCAUCACUCUCACAAGUCUUCUCUGUCUGUCCUGAGACUUUCCCUUGCACUAUUUAUAAUCUCAGUUCAUGGCGUACCCGUUUACAGCAGUUAGGUGGGACGAGUAGAGCAGAAAGUGAUCCAUUACAGUGGUGAAUAUAUAGUCACACUGAGCAGAAUGUGCAACUACGAAAGACAUACUUAAACAGUGCAGCUAUAGUACCCAGUGAAUUUAUUUGGUGGUUUAUUAUUAGCUGUAUAAUAGCAACACUGUUUAUGCAUGUUUUAUGAAGUUGCACUUUAUGUGCACUGUGACUAAAUGUGCCUAUGUUCAGUUUUGCUGCUUCCACCUUUUUGUGUCCUUAAACAAUUAAACUCAGUAAAAAGCUCAUAUAUAGCUCAUAAUAGUACAUAUAAAGCUGAUGAUUGCUUUUAAAAUCACUGAAAAACAACUUGAAAGAUUUAUAUUUAAAUACAUUGUAGUACUAAUGUUGGACCAUCAUCAAAACUGCACCAACUAGCAUAACUGAUCUAAGAAUAAAGUGUGGAAAUUUGACUACUUAUGACGACUUUGUUGCAUGAUCAUGUAGUCCCAAACUGCUUUAUCACUUAUUCCCUUUUUGAAAUACAAAAACCUAAAAAGUUCAUUUUAGAUGCCUGCACAUAAUUCUUAAUUUAUAUGUAACUUAUAAUUCAUAUAUGUUUGACUGUCAGCUUGUGUUAGUACAUGGUGGUGAAACAAUGUUUACACCUUUCUUUGAAUUCCUAUCAUUUGAUAAAUUCUCAAAGAAAUGUGAAAUAUCAUUGUCAUUUUAAAACAGUUUAAUUUAAAUUUACUUAUACCCUGAAUACAUGCAGUUCAUUACUGACAUACUGUAGCAGCUUAGAAGAAGUUGUAUGUAUUAGACAUUGAUUUAAUUAAUGAUAUAUUACUAAAUUUAGCAAGUUCUGAAGUCUUAAUGUGACUGCAAAUGUCUUAUUUCUUAAAAUGUGGAAUUUAUAUAUUAAGCACUUUUGAGAGUUUUAUAUUUACCUCUUGUAUAUUUCUUAGAUUUGGUCUCUCAUUACCAAAAAGCAUUAACAUGCUCAUAUGUUAAUGUAAAGAUCUAAUUUCCCUUGUAUUUAUUCUGUGUGCAGCCUGCACUUUCGCUUUUCGUAUUGAUAUUGUUGAUAUGCAAAUAAUUUUUUAUUGUUUACAUUUUUAUCAAAGAGAGAGACAUUUCAGUGAUUUAGGAUGUUUGCUCUCAUCGUAUUGACUGUAUAUACAUAUUACUCUGAGAUAGAAGCAUUUUUAUCAGAUGUUAUCUUACCUUUGUAUUAUCAAUAAAAAAAAAAAAUUUAAUCUGCAUUAAAAAUGUUAAUA